GCCGCCGCCUCCAGGUCCCGCUCCUGCCGCCGCAGCCACCGCUGCGAGCAGAAGCACAGCGCUUAUUCGCGUACCCAGGAGUCCAGGCACCCGCGGCGGCCGGGGCAUCCCGAGGACUUCAGUAUGGAUUUUGAACUUGAAGAGCAUUUUAACAAGACGAUUGUCACAGAGAACAAUACUACUGCCACUGGGAAUGCUGCCUUCCCUGUCUGGCUUGACUACAGAAGUACAGAGAACAACACUACUGCUGCUCGGAAUGCUGCCUUUCCUGUCUGGGAUGACUACAGGGGUAGUGUGGAUGAUUUACAAUACUUUCUGAUUGGGCUCUAUACAUUUGUCAGUCUUCUUGGCUUUAUGGGAAAUCUACUCAUUUUAAUGGCUGUUAUGAAAAAGCGCAAUCAGAAGACUACAGUGAACUUUCUUAUAGGUAACCUGGCCUUCUCCGAUAUCUUAGUAGUGCUGUUUUGCUCACCUUUCACACUGACCUCGGUCUUGUUGGAUCAGUGGAUGUUCGGCAAAGCCAUGUGCCACAUUAUGCCUUUCCUCCAGUGUGUGUCAGUUCUGGUUUCCACUUUGAUUUUAAUAUCAAUUGCCAUUGUCAGGUACCAUAUGAUAAAGCACCCUAUAUCUAACAAUUUAACAGCAAACCAUGGCUACUUCCUGAUAGCUACGGUCUGGACCCUGGGCUUUGCUAUCUGUUCUCCCCUCCCAGUGUUCCACAGUCUUGUGGAACUUAAGGAAACCUUUGGCUCAGCGCUGUUGAGCAGCAAGUAUUUGUGUGUUGAGUCAUGGCCUUCCGAUUCAUACAGAAUUGCUUUCACAAUCUCUUUAUUGUUAGUUCAGUAUAUUCUGCCUUUAGUUUGUUUAACGGUAAGCCACACGAGUGUCUGCAGGAGUAUAAGCUGCGGGUUGUCCCACAAAGAAAACAGACUGGAAGAAAAUGAGAUGAUCAACUUAACUCUUCAUCCAUCCAAAAAGAGCGGGAACCAGGCAAAACCCCCCAGCAGGCAAAAGUGGACUUACUCAUUCAUCAGAAAACACAGAAGAAGAUACAGCAAGAAGACGGCAUGUGUUUUACCUGCUCCAGCAGGACCUUCCAAGGAGAACCAUCCAACAGUUCCAGAAAACCUGGGCUCAGUCAGAGGUCAGCUCUCUUCAUCCAGUAAGGUCAUCCCAGGGGUCCCAACCUGCUUCGAGGUGAAACCUGAAGAAAACUCAGAUGCCCAUGAGCUGAGAGUCAAGCGCUCCAUCACUAGAAUCAAAAAGCGAUCUCGAAGUGUCUUCUACAGACUGACUAUACUCAUACUAGUGUUUGCUGUUAGCUGGAUGCCACUCCACCUUUUCCACGUGGUGACUGAUUUCAACGAUAACCUUAUCUCCAAUAGACAUUUCAAGCUGGUGUACUGCAUUUGUCACCUGUUAGGCAUGAUGUCCUGUUGUCUUAAUCCAAUCCUAUAUGGAUUUCUUAAUAAUGGAAUCAAAGCAGACUUGAGAGCCCUUAUACACUGCCUACACAUGUCAUGAUUCUCAUUGUUUACCAAGGGAAGGAGAAAAGCUGAGACUCUCUAGAGUGCAUCUGUGCUGAUGAUAUGUGUGUACAUUUAGUUUAUAUGAGAGUGUUCUGGGUCUUAAUGCCAGUUCAUAAUGUACGUAUGAUACUUUUAAUGUUAUAAUAUGGUUAAUUCAGUUCAGGGUCAAUGUCAAUCUAAUUUGUAAUGUCAUGUUUUAGAGUAGCUAUAUUACCUUCCAUUUCAUGUCAUCAGUGAUAAGUGGGUAGUACUUUUCAUUUGAUGUCACACUUAAAAUUAACUAAAUGGAUAUUUUGUACAAAAAUGGAAGAAGCAAAAAGGUUCUUACAAGAAAGAAUAUUUAACUAUAAAUUUAAGAAAUUUCUAUUAUCUAGAUAUCUUCAUUUCUAUUUCACAGGCUUCUUAAUAAUUUUUUGUAAAAGUACAAAAAUAUUUAAUAUGCUUCCAAAGUCUGAACUCUAUUAUAGAUGUAUGUGGUGAUAUUUUGUUUGUGAUCUAAUAAAUAAAGCUUGCCUGAAGAUCAGAGUGCAGAGCUAACCACACUAGAUAGCCAUAGAUGCCAGGCAUUGGUGAC